CAAAAAGACACAAUUAAGUAUCACGCAUAUUUUCGAUUUAGGUCUAUACAUUUCAUAACACGCAUAGAAUCAUUUCUCGAUGUUCCCUAUAGUUAAUUAGCCGCGGACCUUAUUCUGAUUUUUUGUCGCGCGCAUCACACAUGGUGGUUUUCCCGUGGGGAAGCACCUUCCUUUCUGGCUUUUGGAUUUUGGCCAUUCUCGCUGGCACGUUCUCCGGGCCCAGGGCCUCCGUUGUCGCACGCAUUGAGUCGUGGUCAGCGGGAGAACAGCCCCAGAUAACCAAUCGUGUUCGGGCGCAACUCACACUAUUCGUAACACAGAGGGCAGGAGGACAGGGAGGUGCGAAUGAGGAGGCAGGAAGGGCACUGAUUAUUUAAGCUUUAUGCAAUGCGAACGUAGUGCAAAAACGAGAAACGUAACGUCACUACUUUGAGCGAAGUGGCAAUUACGAGUGGCAAAUAGAGC